ACUUUAACGGAUCCAAAGGUUGUCUGCUAUUUCAGCGCUUGGGCUGUAUAUCGAGAGAAACCCAUGGCUUAUGACAUUGAAGACAUCCCUGGUGACAAAUGUACUCACAUUAUCUACAGUUUCAUUGGUUUGGAUAAUAAGACAUACGAAUUGAGAAAUAUUGAUCCGAGUUAUGACAUCGAGAAUAAGGGAUUUGAACGGUUCGUUGGUUUACGUAAAAAAUAUCCCAAACUUAAAAUAAUGGUAGCAAUCGGGGGGUGGGCUGAGGGCGGCCAACAGUACUCGCAAAUGGUGGCCGACAAAGGGAAACGACAGCGUUUUGUUGAACAAGUCAUUCAAUGGCUAAAUAGGUAUGAUUACGACGGCUUUGAUCUCGACUGGGAGUAUCCCGGAGCCAGCGAUAGGCAGGGCUCGUAUUCUGAUAAACAAAACUUUUUAGAACUCGUCAAGGAAUUGAGAGAAGAAUUUGACAAACAGAGCCGUAAACUAUUGCUAACGGCUGCCGUUCCCGUCGCUAAGUUCCGUCUACAAGAAGGCUAUGAAGUAUACGAAUUGGGACAAUUACUGGAUCAAAUCCAUUUGAUGACAUAUGACCUGAGAGGCAGUUGGACUGGUUUUGCGGACGUCCACUCCCCGCUGUAUCGCAGACCUGGAAUCGAUGAGUGGGCGUAUGAGAAGCUCAAUGUGGUAUUGUCUUCAUAUCUAUCACUUCCUAUCACUUCCUAUCACUUCCUAUCACUUCCUAUCACUUCCUAUCAAUAUAUUCAAUGUAAUCGUGAAUCGUAUACUUAUAAGAAUGAUGGCGCAAACUUAUGGUACACUAUGGGAGCGCCUAAACAUAAAUUAAUUAUUGGAGUGCCCUUCUAUGGCCGCACCUAUACGUUGGGCAGUAAAGACAAUCAUGGAUUGAGAGCACCCAUCAAGAGAUGGGAUGCAAAUAACGGCGGCGGAGAACCCGGAAUAUAUACAAAUGCCUCCGGAUUUUUGGCAUAUUAUGAAAUAUGUGUGGAAACAAACUCUGGGAACUGGACUAAAGAGUUCGAUGCUAUAGGCAAAUGUCCGUUUGCUUAUUGGGAUAACCAAUGGGUUGGCUAUGAGGACGAGAACAGUAUUGGAAUCAAAAUGGAUUUUAUUAGGAGUGAAGGCUAUGGCGGAGGAAUGAUUUGGGCCAUCGAUUUGGAUGACUUCACUGGUGUUUGCGGGGGAAAGAAGAACGCAUUGCUUAACGUUAUGAACGAUAAAUUGAAAGGAUAUCAGGUCUUAGUGCCCGACCCCUCAAAGUUGACAACUACUGCAAAGCCUGGCAACCAGUGGUGGCCACAACCUGUCUCUACAUCCACAGCAAAGCCAACGACAAGCAAAUCAAAGUCAACAAAACCAUCAGUUGUUUCAAUAACUCCGAGCACUAGUAGUUCUGUUAAGACCACCACAACAACUGGCAAACCUAAAGCAACUAAACCUUCCGUUGUAUCCAUCACCCCGAGUACUACCAGUACUACCAAUACUCCGAGUACUACCAGUACUACUACCAGUACUACCAGUACUACCAGUACUACCAAUACUCCGAGCCCUACCAGUCCUCCCAAUACAAUCAAUACAUCGCCCGAAACUCCUAAAACGAGUUCAACGGAAGCACCGCCCGGUUCUAUCACUGAGAAAUGUGCUGAACCUGGGGUACUGUUUGUCCCCCACCCUGAUUGCAAAAUGUACUACUGGUGCGUUCAUGGGGUACCAGUCCUCCAGACGUGCCCUAGGAACACAAUAUGGGACGUGAACUCAAACAGAUGCGAGUGGUAUAACCCAAACAAAAAGGAUUAUAAUUGUAACACUAGUAGUAUUGACAAUCAAUUAUAA